UCACGGAGAUAUUAAGUAACUGCGACUACGCCGUUGCGGGCCAGUGUCACCGAAGCUGCGGAGAAGAUGGCGGUGAGAGUGAUGCGCGGAGGAGACACUGGGAGCCGGGGCGGACUGGGGAACCCAGCGGUGCCGGCGGCCCGGGAGCACGUCCAGGCGGUCAGCAGGGACUACCUGUCCCAGCCCAGGCUCACUUAUCGGACGGUGUCUGGAGUCAAUGGACCUCUUGUUAUCCUGGACAAUGUUAAGUUCCCCAGGUAUUCAGAGAUUGUGUACUUGACUCUUCCUGAUGGCACAAAAAGGAGUGGCCAGGUGCUGGAGGUCAGCGGCUCUAAGGCUGUAGUACAGGUGUUUGAGGGAACUUCUGGCAUAGAUGCCAAGAAAACCUCUUGUGAAUUUUCUGGAGAUAUCCUGAGGACCCCGGUAUCUGAGGACAUGCUGGGUCGUGUAUUUAACGGCUCGGGGAAGCCCAUUGACCGCGGGCCUACCGUGCUGGCUGAAGAUUACCUGGACAUCAUGGGGCAGCCUAUUAACCCUCAGUGCAGAAUUUACCCUGAGGAGAUGAUCCAGACAGGCAUAUCUGCCAUCGAUGGCAUGAACAGUAUUGCUCGUGGGCAGAAAAUCCCCAUCUUCUCUGCCGCCGGUCUCCCCCAUAAUGAGAUUGCAGCGCAGAUUUGUCGUCAGGCAGGUCUAGUAAAGAAAUCCAAAGACGUCAUGGAUUACAGCGAGGAUAACUUUGCCAUCGUGUUUGCUGCUAUGGGGGUGAACAUGGAGACGGCUAGGUUCUUCAAGUCAGACUUUGAAGAGAACGGGUCCAUGGACAAUGUGUGUCUCUUCUUGAACUUGGCCAAUGACCCCACCAUUGAACGUAUCAUCACGCCUCGUCUCGCCCUCACCACUGCGGAGUUCCUGGCCUAUCAGUGUGAGAAGCACGUUCUGGUCAUCCUCACAGACAUGAGCUCUUAUGCUGAGGCCUUGAGAGAGGUGUCAGCAGCUCGAGAGGAGGUGCCCGGAAGAAGAGGCUUCCCUGGUUACAUGUACACUGAUUUGGCCACCAUUUAUGAGCGAGCGGGCAGAGUGGAGGGCAGGAACGGCUCCAUCACACAGAUUCCUAUCCUCACUAUGCCCAAUGACGACAUCACUCAUCCCAUUCCUGACUUGACGGGUUACAUCACUGAGGGGCAGAUCUAUGUAGAAAGGCAGCUACAUAACAGACAGAUCUAUCCACCCAUUAAUGUUCUGCCCUCACUCUCCCGUCUGAUGAAAUCUGCCAUUGGGGAAGGCAUGACCAGGAAGGAUCAUUCAGACGUGUCUAACCAGCUGUAUGCCUGUUAUGCUAUUGGCAAAGAUGUCCAAGCCAUGAAAGCUGUAGUGGGUGAAGAAGCUCUGACAUCUGAUGAUCUUCUGUACUUGGAGUUCCUGCAGAAGUUUGAAAAGAAUUUCAUUGCCCAAGGUCCGUACGAUAACCGCACAGUGUUCGAGACAUUGGACAUCGGCUGGCAGCUGCUUCGAAUCUUCCCCAAGGAGAUGCUCAAGAGAAUCCCAGCAAGCACCCUGGCCGAGUUCUACCCUCGAGACUCCUCAGCCAAGCACUAAGCUCCUCCAUUCCUCAUCUCCACUCCCCUUGGUCAGGGGGGACCACUCGGAAGGGGCAGGGCAGAAAUUUCCAUCAUUGUGUCUGUAAAAAGGAAAGAGUCACCAAACCUGAUUAUUUAUAUAUAUUCCAUUUUAUGAAGAAUUUAGUUGUCCGCCGGCUGCCUAAUGUAUGUCGUAUGAAGUCACCGCACUGAGCAUUCUCAUGUUAGACAAUCCAGCCCCUAGUCAUGACACGCUACACGUGGUAAAGCCGCGAUCGGGGUCAGACACGCCCGUGGCAUGUGUGAAUUGUGCAUUAAUGUGCACGUGCUUUACCGUGACCUGAGGACCUACAUGUGCUGAAAAUGUACUAGACAACAUGCAGCUGUCGCUCUGAACUACAACUCCCAGCAUGUCAUGCCAUCUAUACUAAGCUAGCAGGACAUACCUCAGCUUUUAGUGGCAUCACAGCUGGACAGCCACCUGUUGCCUCCCUCUGUAUUAGUUUAUGCAGGUGCAAGUCUGUCCUGGGUUCCUGGUAUUACCAGGGAGGGGUAUCUCUGCACCAAACUCCCCCUUCCCCCCUGACAUGAAUCCUUAUAUUAAUUUAUCUUCUCUUUUUAAAGCCAGCCCUCUUCUCUGCAGGUUGAAGCGGCCUAUUUGAUGUUGGUUAGUAUUGGUGCAGUAGUUUGCUCUGUGGUCCAUUCCUUCUGUAACCGCUGUACACAUUUGUUGAAGAGCAUCAUAUCUGAAUAAAUAUUAAUGUAAAGUAA